UCCGCAAUCGGGUCCCGUCUGUCCCUGCAGCCGGCCCAGGCCGUCGGUGUGGCCCCCGUUGGGACAAACUCCACCUCCACCGCCCAUGCCGACCCUCGCCAGAAAGAUCUUUUUUCUUCCCCCCUCGAUAAGGUACCCGAGAUGCUGUGCAGCAAUUUGGUGGACAUACGCAAUUCGUCCCUCGGCAUACCAAUGAGGCACUGGGCUGCGCCUGAGCCCCUGCCGUCCCCGCCGAUUCUGGGCUAUCCCUGUCCGCUGCCCUACUUCUCCCAUGUUUCUAAGCGGGCCGGCUGCUGCAUGGCGUUCUUGUGGUAUUGGCGUCAAAAGACUGACAGCAGUCAAGUGCUCGGUCGCUCGCCGCCUUCACCUUGGGUGACUGAUGCUGCUUUUCAUUACCCCACGACCAUCGGCGAACCUUCCGAUUGUUGCUUCAAUAUGAUCGGCUUCUUCCUCCGUGCCCGCAACUCGGAGUCCUGA